CCGGUGCCGCUUUUUCGUUUCCUUCACGAUGGCAAUCUAUUGUGCUUCUUUCACUUAUUUCAGUCUUUUUUUUUUGUCUGUCUAAUUGCUUUUUGUCUAGAUCCAAACCUGUUACUAUUCACGCUCCCCCCAAAAAACUACCUGGUUCUGAUUUAAUGUCAAAAUUAAUCCUACGCGACCAAGAAGUUAUAACUAUCAUAACAACAACAUUGAUUUCACGUGGGGCCCUCCACUUCUACACUCCACGUCCAACAGAAUGGCUAGACGGCUCCCAAUCCGAUGUUCUAUAUGCACCCGCCAUUGCUUCAGUUGAUCUACCUCCUGUACUUGUGGAGAUUCAGCGUGAUAUAAAUCAUCAUUUUGUUGACCGUUUGGUUGGUUACGCUUUACACGUGGAGAAGGAGUAUAAAAUAAAGCCAUCCAUCCUCGUAUUUGGCAUUGGCAAAACCUGCAAUAACAUCAAAUCGAAGUUUAACGCCACGCAGCAUAAUUUUGCCAAACAACUCGUAUGUGACCAUUGGGCAGAAAAAUGCUUGAUCAUAGAUUGUGAUACCAUCGGUGAAGAUAACAAGGAACUUCCUCUUCUGCCUUUGCUGGCCAUUGGUAUUUUUUUAUGCUUUCAAAAAGCCUCGUUGAUGUCCAUUGAGUAUAAAGACGAUACAACUUUACAAAUGUUGUAUAAAAUUGCCAAGGAACAAGCUGAAAAAGAAAAAGCAGAAGAACCACAAUUUACAAAGUUAAAGGAAGUAAUAUCUGCUAUGCCCGAAGGUUUACUUCAGAAGCGUGCAUUGUCUUAUGCUGAAGAUGGAUGUCUUUAUACAGACACUUGCAAACGAAAGUAUAGUAAGAAGGACUUGUCUUGCACGUCACCUAUGCCAGCGCCGUUGGAUUUACCUGAAGCAGGAUUAAAUCUUAUCCAUGAAUUUGAGGCUAAUAACAACAACGAUGCAAUUUUACCUGAGCUAGACAUUCCAAAAAGUGACAUGGAUUAUGUUAUUCAGUUUAAAAGAUCAUCAAAACCAAUGAAUUGGAAAGAAUGUUAUGAAGUCGGAAAGAGAGAUGGAUUCUUCACCGUUUAUACCUCCCCAGCAAGUUUAAAAAGAGCACACUAUAAAAAAAAACCAGUUGAUGAUGAUGAUUAGCAAACCAGUAUUAAAGUUUAUAGUUUUAAUGUUCAAUAAAUUAAUCUACUUUU